UCACACCUUCGUCCUCGAGCCCGCUCUCGCGUGUUAUAAGCAGAGAGCAGAGAGAUGUCUCUGGAGCAGGAGCACGACCAAGAAGAAGGCUAAUUAAGAGCCAAUCGGAGAUGAGCACCGUCACGUGCGAGGUGGAGCCGUCGUGCGCCGCCACGGCCGGCGGCGAGAGGGCCACCGAAUUCGGCGGCAAGGUGGGUGUCCCACCACGCGAGCCGCAGCGCCGCCUCCUCUUCGCCGUCGCCGGCAAGGGAAAGGGCAGGCGGCUCGGGGAUGGCCGCGGAGGCGGUAGUGCUCUUGCGGGGUUCUACUGGUACGGCAACCUGCUGCUCGGCCUCCGACGCAGAUGCGGGGCCGACGGCGGCGGCGGCAGUAUGCAGGUCUUCGUCAGGACCCCGGCCGGGAGCACGCUCGCCCUCGACGUGAGCCCGUCCGACACCGUCGGCGAGGUGAAGGCCAGGAUCCAGGCCAGGGAGCGCGUCGCCGCGGGCCAGCAGCGCCUCGUCUUCGCCGGGAGGCACCUCGACGACGGCCGCCGCACCCUCGCCGACUACGGUGUCGGGAAGGAGGCCAACCUGCACCUCCUCCUCCGCCUCCGCGGUGGUCUCGCUGGAGGACACACUAACACGGGCACCGCCGCCGCCAUCGGCAACCCGCACUGGAUGACGACCGUCGGCCUCCUCGCCACAGUGGUCGCCGUCGGGGCGGUACUCCACUGCUGCUUCCCUCCGUCAGCAAGCUGCUGCGGCGGCCUCGGCGGUGCCAUGUUGGCCGUCGCCGUCGCCGGGGUGAACCUGAUCACCGCCGGCGUCUGUCUCACCAGGGCACCCGCUGCCGAGAGCCUAAGCCGCAUGGCGCGGUUCGUGCUAAGCAGGGCGGCCGCCUUCCCGCGAAGGGACGUCGCCGUCUUGGGAGUCGCAGCCGCGACGGGGAUCUUCGUCGGCGACGCGCAGGCGCAGCCGGUGCUCAGUUUUGUUUGCUUUGCACUGUUCCUGGUCUCCAUGGCUGUGGUCACGAUCGGCAUAGCGAGCUCCACUCGCUAAUGGCCGGCCGGUGGUGGUGAACAUUUCGUCGUUGACCUUCACUGACACGGAUGAUUUGUUGCGCAUUUCGGUACAGAACAAGAGAUCAUGCACCAAGAGGAUACAUGUUGUUUUGUCAUGAAUUCAUGAUCUUCGUCUUGGCUAGCUAGCUGACAUACUGGUAGUAAGGAAAAUAUAGAGUUUUGUGUCGUAAUAAAGGUAGCUUCAUAUAUGCGCCUGCCUGAGCAUGGGGCUCGCCCGUUUGGCCCGGCCGUGUCAUGUGCCCGCGGUCCAACUUGUCUUGUGUCUAGUUCAAGGAGUGUUACGGUGAAGGGAUUUGUUGCAGGGAACAUGGCCCCAUUAAACCAUAAUUUGUGAUUUUGGUGAUUGAGUGGCAACAUAUUAUAUCUUUUCGACUUCA